ACCUGGCCCAUUUUCCCGCUCAUUUCCCAUAAUGACCUGCAGCUUUUUAUUUCCAACAUGGCUUCUUCCAACGAGGAUGAAAUUGUGGAAGGAAUUUCCGCAGCAGUGCGGAACGCUCUUUGUAGAAUUUCCCAGCAACAGGUACGUGCAAGGCUAAUUUAAUGGUUUUCUGUCUUUGAAAAUGUCUUGCAUGCCUGAAACACACUUAAACGUCCGAAGGAAGACAUGCGAACGAACUUGAUGUUUUGUGUCUUUUGUCCCACUGACAUAACUAUCAGGGUUUAUUUUGAACACAUUUUCUUUGUUUUUAUUUAGGGAAUUGUUGGCCGUCCCCCAAUAUCACUAUCAAAAGAAACAAUUGAAGGUUACCUAAAUAUGGGUUAUUCUGUGUCUCAAACUGCAGAAGUUUGUGAUGUAUCUCGAUCAGCUUUGUAUUCUAGAAUGGAGCAACUGGGUAUUUGCUACAAAGACCGGUUUUCCAGUAUCGACAAUGACGAUUUGGAUAGAGUAGUAAGAGAUAUCAAGAAUAAGCAUCCAAACUGCGGAGAAGUGAUGAUUACUGGCCACUUAAGGGCUAGAGGAAUAAUCGUCCAACGAAACCGUGUACGUGAGUGGUAGUUUCGAAAACGAAGCACUCGAAAACGAAGACCGAAGCACGAAGCACCCAAAUCUCGAAAACGAAGCACCCAAAACUCGAAAACGAAGCGCCCAAAUCUCGAAAACGAAGCACCCAAAACUCGAAAACGAAGCACCCUAGAUCGAAAACGAAGCACCCAAAACUCGAAAACGAAGACCCCUAAAUCUCGAAAACGAAGCACCCAAAACUCGAAAACGAAGCACCCUAGAUCGAAAACGAAGCACCCAAAAACUCGAAACCGGUCUGUCCUUUAUAAACACGAGACCAAUGCUAAUACAGCAGGAAUCAAGCACGAUAACGAAUCGAAUUCUCCUUUUCCCCACCAUAGAGCCUGGUCCCAGGCUAUUACCCUAGAACAAAUUCUGCCUGGAUCUGAUCUGAUCUGAUCACGCAGUGUCAUAGAUACCCAAUAUGUUAGACUGCAAAACAAUCGGUUUUUUUCUCAAAAUCAGUAAAGAAGUCGGUAAAGCGUGGCGUAAGAGUAAUACGCGCAAGCCUGUCACGCUCCGUUUUCAGCCUCUUUUCAGACCUUUAGUGUUACUGCUCACGCGUACUUGAAUACGCCAAAAUCUGCUGACGGACAGUUUUGAAGACUACAUAAACAUGUAUGUGUACCGAAAAAAUGCAUAUUAAGGUAAGAUGUAUCAACAAGAGAGGUAUCAAGUAUAGCGGGACUAAUAAUAAAAUUAAUACAGGAUAUCCUAUUUAGAAACGUUCAGUGAAACAGUUGGUUAUAAAACCUUGGGAUGGAUUUUGUGGACCUUUGGAGGUGCGGACGCAUCCGCUGCCUCCACCUGAUUCGGAUUGCGUCAUGUAAGACGUAAAGUUGCACUUAUUAAACCUACAGUGGUUUCCAGUUUUGGGUGCUUCGUUUUCGAGAUUUAGGGGUCUUCGUUUUCGAGUUUUGGGUGCUUCGUUUUCGAGUUUUGGGUGCUUCGUUUUCGAGAUCUUGGGGUCUUCGUUUUCGAUCUAGGGUGCUUCGUUUUCGAGAUAGGGUGCUUCGUUUUCGAUCUAGGGGUCUUCGUUUUCGAGUUUUGGGUGCUUCGUUUUCGAGAUUUGGGUGCUUCGAGCUUCGAUCUUCGUUUUCGAGUGCUUCGUUUUCGAAACUACCGUACGUGAGUCCAUUCACCGCAUUGAUCCCCAAGGUGUUGAUGAUCGUAGGUGCAGAAGAAUUCGCCGUCGUGUUUAUUCUGUGCCGUGCCCAAAUUUCAUGUGGCACCUCGACGGCAAUCAUAAACUUAUUCGUUGGCGAUUUGUCGUACAUGUUGGUAUAGAUGGCUUUAGCAGACUGAUUGUGUAUUGUCAAUGUAGUAACAACAAUAGAUCCCAGACUGUUUUAACUUUGUUCCAACAUGCUGUUAGUCAGUAUGGAAGACCACUCAAAGUACGAACUGACAAAGGAGGAGAAAAUGUCCGUGUUUGGGAACAAAUGGUUAAUCAAUCACCAGCAGGGGAGAUGUCAGUCAUCACAGGAAGUUCAGUUCACAACCAAAGAGUAGAGCGGUUUAAUCGCGAUUUAAACAUUCAUUGUGCUGAUGUCAUUAAGUCGGAGUUAUAUGGGUUAGAACAGCAAGGUCUCUUGGAUCCUUCAAAUGACACAGAUUUAUUUUGCUUACAUUAUGUCUAUGUUCCUAGAAUAAAUCAACUUCUGGAAGAGUUUGUCAAUGCCCACAACUAUCGUUCUAUUUCUACAGAGAAUAACCUAACUCCACUGCAACUAUAUAACAACAAUCAGCACUUGCUUGGUCUUCACAGUAUUACACACCAACGGCAAGUUCCUGGGGCUGGAAACCUCCCCACAAGGCAGACACUUGUUGAAGUGCCUCCUAUUUGCAGCCCACUAGGUGAUGAAUGCUAUCAGAAUCUCUGUCGAGACAUAGAUCCUCUUGUGAAUACUUCAAGAAUAGACCUCUACAAGCAAGUUAUUGAGUAUGUUGGAAAUUAUUUGUUACAAAACUAA